AUGAGUGACCUUGCAGUAAAGCAGUUGGAUUUGAAAACCCUUGUUCAUCCGAAGCUGUAUAAUUUACAAUGGUUGAGCAACUGUGGCGAGAUCAAUGUUCUCAAACAAGUGGAUUUGGAGUUUGAUAUUCAAGGGUACAAAGACAAAGUUAGGUGUGACGUAGCCCCGAUGAAAGCUUGCCAUGUGUUACUAGGACGGCCUUGGAAAUUUGAUAAGAAGACACUAAUGUUCUUCCCUCUAGCAUUGCAAAUUUCCUUUAUCCCGGAAUCUUCUCUUCCAAAUCAACUAGCAUAUAGAGCCAAUCCGGAUGAGAUAAAGGAAAUCAAAAAGCACGUUGAUGAGUUCUUGAGCAAAGGAUGGGUUCGCGAGAGUCCCAGUCCUUAUGCGGUGCCCGUACUUUUGGUGCUAAAGAAAGCUGUGGGAUGGAGGAUGUGCGUUGACUGUCGUGUUGUCAAUGCAAUUGCGGAGAAGUUGUUUGCUAACCACGAGAAGUGCGACUUUUAUGUCGACAAGUGCAAUUUCCUUGGUUUUAUUGUAGGAAAAGAUGAGAUUAGUGUGGAUGAAAGCAAAGUGAAGGCAAUUCAAGAAUGGCCUACACCGACGAAGGUGAAGGAUGUUCGGAGCUUCCAUGGCCUUGCAAGCUUCUACCAAAGAUUUGUGCGAAACUUCAGCACCAUUGCCACCACACUAACUGCCAUUACGGAAAAGGAUGAUAAGUUUGAAUGGGGAAGUAUUCAACAAGAUGUUUUUGAUACAAUGAAACAAAAUCUCACACAAGCACCUAUCUUUGUUUUACCCAAUUUUUCAAAAUCUUUUGAGGUUGAAUGUGAUGCUUCUUGUUUAGGGGUUGAAGCUAUUCUAACUCAAGAUAAAAGAUCUGUGGCCUACUUCAGUGACAAGUUACAUGGUGCAGCUUUCAACUACUCCACAUACGAAAAUGAACUCUAUUCCUUUGUCCGUGCUCUCCAAACAUGGCAACAUUACUUGUGCCCACGUGAGUUUGUUGUCCAUACCGACCAUGAGUCCUUGAAGCACAUCAAAUCCCAAAAAAAGUUGAGUCCAAGAUACAUCCGGUGGAUCUCUUUCAUCGAUACCUUCCCGUAUAUUAUCAAAUACAAGAAAGGUAAAGAUAAUAUGGUAGCCAGUGCACUCUCCCGAAGGUGUCUUAAGCAUGCUUAUUACGAUAAGUAUAAUUUGCAUAAUGGGUACCUAAUGUGUGAAAAUCAGUUGUGCAUUCUAUGUUCACUAAGGCAUUUAUUGAUUUCUGAGGCACAUUUAGGAGGAUUAAUAGAACAACAAGUGAUAGAAGUUAUGGACAGGAAACCUGCUAUAGUCCACGGCCAAAUUCAAAUGGAAUCUAGACUUGAAUCUAAGAAAAAUGCGAAGCUGAAGAGUCUAGGAGACAUGCUGAAGACUCAAUUUGUGAAUUUCAUAAAGGAAAAACAAGCUGGACCUUCAACCAGAGGUAAAGAACCUUUGGAUCCUUCUUCUGCACAUAUAGCUUUUGACUAUGCUACUAAGCCUAGGGAAUGA